AUGCCUUGGGCUACUGCAGAACAGCAAGAAUUCCUGUUAAGCAGAAUGGAAUUCUUUCUUGACACAUGGACCAUGUUUGAGGCACAAUGGCCAGAGCGCAUCAAUGGUGUCCAGUUGGAAGGAGACCUCACACAGGCCCAGACAACAGUACUGUGUAAUGCCCAGAGUCAUCAUAAAAUAAUUUUCUACAACAAGUGCAUGAAGGGUGAAGUGGAUGCAGCAAUUGAGGCCAAGGGUAUCACAACAUGUGGCCAAAAGCUUGCAAAACGGAAGGUCCUCACUCGUGCUAUAUAUGCUGUUGAAGAUGGUAGCGUAAAAGCUGAGGUCAAAGCAAGGCACCAAGAAGCCUUUGCAAUCUGGCAAAAAAAACAUGAACUAGCUAAAGCCGGUUUUGUUCACAAAGUUGAGCAAGAGGAGAAGAUUAGAGCCUUCAGCAAACUUGGAGUACAUCUUGAUCGCAUCUUCUGCCACCUGUCCCAUAAGACAGGUGGACUCAAGUUCACCUGUAUCGCAGGAGGACAAGACCCAACUACGGGGGACAUUGUAGUUCUUGACUACCAUCUCAGGGAGACAGGAAUGGGAAAUGAGUUUCCAGCCCAAUAUACUGAGUUUGGCAAAGUUUGGACUGCCUAUGCAGAUUUUGUUAAAUUGGCAAUUACUCACGAUGACAAGAUGUUAGCUCUAGUACAGGAUCCAAAUACUGCUGCAGACGAGGUGGCCAAUGAAUCAGAGGAAAUUUUUGGGGAGGGUAACGAAGAAGAUCAUGACAGUGAGGAAAAGGUAGCUGAGGAGGAAGGUGUCAUGGAUAACGAAGUGCUUGGAGCUUGGCACAAUAUUGAGCUGGGGCUGAAUGGCGGCCUUUAUCAGUUUAACCUCACAGAGGAUGAAAGGUCUACCAUCAAAUCAUCACCUAUGGGCACUGGGACCACCAUCAAAUCAUCACCUACAGGUGCUGGGACCACCACUAGUACGGUACCAUUGAUCAUCCCUGACAAUAGUAUUCCCCUUGCUUUUGACCAGUUCAACUUAUCUGACUUUGACACUUUCUUUGCAAGCCUACCACCGCUGGAGCCCUAUGACCAAUUCACUGGCCCAUCUUGUCUUCAGGAUCUUGACUUCAGCUUCAUGCAUGACUCCUCUGACUCAUUUGAUUAUCAAUCUUCCCCACCCAUCACUCGUGAACUGACAGAUCAGAUUUUACCUGUGUUCUCAUGUGAUACAGCUAUGCCUGGUAGUCCACCAUUCUCUCAUUCCAAUCAUUUACCGCCUACUACACCUUUCAGUGCGAGCACCUCUGGCAUCAACAUAAUAGAUCCCAAUAUACCUGACCCUCUUACUGGUGUGAUGGCUGGUCUAGAAGGUCCAUGUCAAACAACACGCCACUAUGUUCCAUCCACAUGUGCACACAUGCACCCACCUGUCUCUAUUGAUAAAGAAAACAACAAGCGACGGAAGGCCAAUAGCACUGGAGCAGGCCCACAAUCCAGGAAGUAA